ACCUACAUGCUUAUUGUGUAAAUCUUUAAAAAGCAAUUAGCCGCAGCAUCAUCUAAACCUUCCCCACUGGCUGGCGGAGAUACUGAUUUUUUUUAGUUUUUUUUUUGUACGGAAAGAAGUGUUCCAGAUUAGCAGGCAUCAUCAUCCUCAUCCUCCUCCUCAGCCAUGACUGACAGGAAAGCUGUGAUCAAGAACGCGGACAUGUCCGAGGACAUGCAGCAGGACGCGGUGGACUGUGCCACCCAGGCCAUGGAGAAGUACAACAUAGAGAAGGACAUUGCAGCCUACAUCAAGAAGGAGUUUGACAAGAAGUACAACCCCACCUGGCACUGCAUCGUCGGGAGGAACUUCGGCAGCUACGUCACCCACGAGACGAAGCAUUUCAUUUACUUCUAUUUGGGCCAGGUGGCCAUUUUGCUCUUCAAGUCUGGCUGAGAAGUUUCUGAUGGGUAUUGAGGAGUCUUAAUCUCCCUCUGAGCCGAAAAUCGGAAAUGCACUGGUGGCUGAUGUCUCCCAUACACUAAUAACGACAUACCAUAACGAUGCAAAACCGGCCGUGCGCAAUUGCAUGGACUAUACACUAUUUAAUAUGUAUGUUACAGUAAGUUUACUUUUCGAUAGUUGCCAUUUGAAUGCAACUGAAGUAGUUUUUGUUGAUGCUGUUAACUUCUAGGUUGUAAAAGAUUUCAAUGUGGCCCUUGAUUGUACAAUAAAGAGGAAAGCUGUAGAAUGUAGUGGUGCAUCUGCUUUCCUUCACAAGUGAAGUGCAUUGCCAGACCCUGUUAUGAGACUGCGUUGGUUUAGAUGGUAAAAAUCAUACCGCGUGCACCAGAUUAACAAUCCAUCAUCGAGAUUUUAACACGUGAUCAUGAAAAGAACAAUAGGGCAAACAUUUUAUUAUUAGUUCAGUUUCUUACCGCUGUUACGGAUUUUAAAGGUAUUGCGUUGUUGUGUUGGAGAUGCACGUUAUUCGAAACCCCUUUUUCUUGUUUUCAGUUUGGAUUUAAAGCAAAUCCCCCCCUGAAGUGAAAUUUUUAGCAGCCGCGUUCAGAAAAGAUGUCACAACAUCCAACACACUUGACAUUUUGGAACCAACACAAGCCAGUGCAAGCAUUUCCGGGGGAAGUUUAGCUUGUCAGCGCUUAGAUUUUCACUGUGAAGGACCAUAGAGCGAGUACAUACACAGACUCGAGCCUGUAAUGUUGGAGUUUUAACACGACAGACUGGUUAUCAAAAUCUCCCAACUCUCCUACACAGAUUUCAGUCUUAUAAUCCUGUGUUCCUGCAUGUUUGGAGGAUAGAAACCACAGUUUAUUUAACCGGAGCCAAAUUAUUUGCAUUAUUUAACGUUCACUUUUGAGUAUUUAGAUAUCGGACUGAGCCGAAGUGUGUCUUGUCCCAGUUAUUGCUAUGAAGCAGCGUUAGGAAGGUGUUUUUAGCUGAAAAAUCUGCAGUAAACUCUACCAAGGCUACAAAUCCCCCUCCUUGUGUUUCAGAUGGUUGUGUCGUCUCACGUGGCUUGUGAUACUUUUCAAGUUGCAUUGCCCCCCUCUCCCCCCAACCUUUAGUUUUGCAUUGCCAGCGUACUGCCAGACAUGCAGGAAAAGACCAAGCGUUUGGAGUUGGGACUUAUCUCCUUGUCUUAUCACAGAUUUUUCAUUUUGUAAUGUCGGUAUAAUUCGUUUGAAAUGGCAAUGCACGAUGUUUGGAUUCUGAUUUAAUGUGUUGUUUUGGAGGACAGAUUGAGGAGGGUUUUAGUCCGUGGAGCUGGAUAACACCACACAUUUCUCGCAUCAAGACUGAAUGUUUACUCAGUUGUUCGCUCCCAUAUGUCAGCUAUGGGCGAAAUGUGUAUCUCUCAAAGUGUUAGCUUGGAUUGACGUUUUUUUGUUUUUUUCCCGAGGGAUGUCUUCCUAAUUAUUGUCGAUGUAAACUGAUUUAGUAUCGUUUUUUUCCUCUGGCAUGUAUUUUUGCUGUGUAUAUGUAGGAGCCGUUCCAAUGCUGUUAAAUUUGCACAAAACGUGUGCCUGUCAUUGCUCUCAACUGUAACCGGCUUGAGUACAAUUGCACUUCAUUAGAAAUAUCCAGUAGGUUGCUACAGAACCAAAAUCGUAUAAACUCGAUUAAAUAAAAAAUUAAUUGUUGACUUAUUACCCUGUGGCUUUUUACUUUGUCACUGGCCCUCAUUGUGCUGAAAACGUUAGCUGAAUGAUUGAUCAGUUAAUGGACAGGGUGUCAGUCCGCAAUAGUUUGAGAAUUAAAGGAAUAUAGUCAAAGAAUAUGUACCUAAAGCUGGAUGAAAAGAUAAAUGCUCUCACACCUGGAGUUAGCUUUGUUAGGUGUUAAAGAGAGUUUUCUAAAGGUUAAAACUUGUUUAAAUUUUUCUCUUCUAAAUUUCCCCCUCUGUUUCCAGUCUUUAUGCUAAGCUAAGCUAACUGGCCAAUAGCUGUAGCUUCAUAUUAAAGGACAUGUGUUAAAAUUUACUAACCAUUUCCUUCAAUAUUUUCACGAGAUUGUACUCGUUCUCCUCCAUUGUUUGUCCAAAGAGUAUGAAGCUACUGCAAGCAGCCAGCUAACUUAGCUUAGCAUAAAGAGUUUAAAAGGGGGUAGUUAGCUAACCUGGCUCUGUUCAGAGGUAACAAAAUAUUUCUACCAGCACCUGAAAAGCUCACUAAUUAGCAUGGUAUACAGACAAAUUAAAGAAAAAGACAACUUGGAGUAUUUUGAAUGCGCCUUUGUGCUAAGCUAACUAACGUCUGGUGCUAUCUUUAAUCAUAUUCACUGCAAAAACAUGACACUGACAUCUAACUCUCAGCAAAAAGGGUCAAUUUCCCAAAUAACAAAUCAUUCCUAUUAGUACUUUUGACUUUUAACAUCAGUUGUACAACAAAAUCUAUCUGAAGUUUAGCAACACAAGCUAAUGUUAGCUGUCAUAUGCUAAUGGUCCUAUCAGAUUAAAGGUUACUGAAGCAGCAAACAUUUCAGAGCAUUAAAUCAAGCAUGGGUGUUUUCUGUUGGUUAUGAAUUCAACUUUGCACUUGUGACGAUGAUCUUUAGUGUUACUUUUAGUUAUUUUCUUUGUGAAACAAAGCUGAAAAGAUUUUAGCCUGCGUGCUUUGAUUUUGUUCCUGUUUUAUAUGACUGUGAAUCAAACUUCUCUUUGAGCUUCAGACUGGAUUGAAGGAAGUCACCUCGGACUUGGUAAAUUGCUAAAAGGAACUAAUUACCUAAUUAAAAAACUAAUAAUU